AACCUUAUCGAUUUCUGCUUUUGAUAGUUAUCACCACAUCGUUUUAGCCAUCGAAAAACCGACGAUAUCCCCAUAACAAAGCAAACAAAAAAUGGCAAUGAUGCUUUCCUCCCAAACCGGCGCCGUCCUCCGCGCCCCAUUCCUCCCCUCCCACUCUAACCUCUCCCGCCGCCUUCCUCUCACCACCACCACCACCACCACCCUUUGUCCGCCAUCACAAAACCCCCUAUCUCUCGCUCUCAAGUUCCCUAAACCAUCACUGUCUCCGACUAUCACCACCAAACAACGUAUCCAUAGGGUUCACCUCUCCCCCCAAUCCACACAAAUCCCUGCCGAGUCACAACCCCAGCUCAUCGGGUCAACCCGAACCGUCGCUACUAUCCUAACCCUAGCUCUAUCUCUCUCACGCAUCUUCGUCACUUCAAUCCAAAAAUUCGUUCUUUCACAUAAUCUUUUCCCCACUCCUGAUCAACUCAUGGCGAUUCGUGCUCUACAAAGCAACCUGGUUCACUCAGUGGGCCCCUUUUUCUUUGCGGCGCUUAAGGACCGUCCUACCGGGUAUUUAAACACCCCAUUGACGGUGGUUGCGGCCGGUUUGGCUAAAUGGCUCGAUAUAUAUAGUGGGGUUUUGAUGGUCAGGGUUUUGCUUAGUUGGUUCCCUAACAUUCCUUGGGACCGUCAGCCCUUAUCAGCUAUAAGGGACUUGUGUGAUCCUUAUUUGAACUUGUUUAGAAAUAUAAUUCCUCCAAUCUUCGAUACUCUUGAUGUUAGCCCGCUUUUGGCUUUCGCGGUUUUGGGCACACUUGGUUCCAUUCUUAACAGCAGCAGAGGAAUGUACUGAAGAGGAAUCGCUUUGCCAACCAAUUUUACUGAGUAAGCAAUAGGUUUUAAAGUUGGCUUCUUUUUGAGCUUUUGGAAUUGGGAGUGUUACCUAGUGGCAUUGAUACUGUAAUAGAUAUAUAGAUUUUAUGAACGUUGUUUUCAUGUUAGAAUCUGUAGACUUAUUUAUGUUCCGGCGAUUACAUGCUUCUUUUAUUUGUAUU